AUGGCCACUAUGAGCAAACUCGCCAAAAGGAACAUUUUGUUAAUAGGAGGGACCUCAGGCAUUGGCUUCGCCGUCGCCAAACAAGCACUAUCAGAUGGCGCAAGCAUAACCAUCAGCUCCUCUUCUGAGGAGAAAGUGUCCAGGGCCGUCGAGCGCUUGCGAGCCAGCAACCCAGCAAACACAUCAGCAAUCCGCAGCCAGGUCGCAGAUCUGUCCAUCAGAGACAAGCUCGAGACAACCAUCGAGGAUCUCCUCAAAUUUAGCUCUGAAUUCUCACCCAUUGAUCACAUUGUCUUCACGGCCGGAAACGUGCCCCCGCUCGUUCCCCUAUCCGAAGCAUCAUUCGAUGACGUCGAGGCGUUCCUAACCGUUCGCUUCUUCGGUGCAGUUGCAAUAGCCAAGUACGCCCCUAAAUACAUGAGCAUGAGCAAGACUUCGUCAAUUACCUUGACAUCCGGAACGCAGAGCAAGAAGCCGUCAUUUUGGCUGCCGCCGGCUAUUGCUGGUGCGAUCGAAGGUUUGAUGAAGGGCUUAGCUAUGACACUGUCGCCUGUGCGCGUCAAUGCCGUUUCUCCGGGAUUUGUCUUAACGGAACUAAUGGAUCGUUUGCCGGAGGAAAUGCGAGAAGGUGCGGUGGAGAAGUCUGCGAAGCUGUCGCUGACAAAGGAUAUCGGGUACCCGGAGGAUACGGCCGAGGCAUAUUUGUAUCUAAUGAAGGAUUAUUUUGUGACUGGCUCUGUUGUUGCCAGUAAUGGAGGAGCCUUUCUGGUGUGA